AUGAGAAGGAAACUGCUUACUCAAGAUAAGAUAUUGAGCUGGGAUUUCUCGCGUAGGAAAAAUAUGAAUAUGAUGUGCUGUUUGUUAUGCUAUGCUAACCAUGAUUCUCAUAGUCACCUGUUUUUUGAAUGCAACUUCUCGACGCAAGUGUGGGUGCUGGUUAGAAAAAAAGCGGGUAUGGGUUCGGUGCAUGCUAAAUGGGAUGACAUUGUUAACUGGCUUCUUGAUCGGUCCAAUUCAAAAUUGGCGUCUGUUUAUGUCGCUAAGCUGAUUGUGGCGGCUACGGCUUACUACAUUUGGCAGGAGCGAAAUGCUAGAUUAUUCAGGAACCAGGUGAGGCCCCCGGAAUCUCUAAGUGAAAUUAUUAUUCAACAAGUGCGGUACAAGCUGAUUGGAGCGAAGUUGAAAAAGUGUGAAAAUGUUCGUAGGCUUUUAAGGGCUUGGGAUAUUGAAGGUUCAGUAUUGCACGAUGAUGGCGGCUGA